CAAGUCUUCCGCCGGUCUACAGGUUGGCUAUUCACCUACCGACGCAUUUAUUAUUCAAUCUCAUGAACACAAUAUCAGAAAACGUGCUACAAAUGGCAGAAGUCUAGCGCAGAAAUCUCCGCUUUACCGUGCUGUUCCGUCUCUUUGUGGCCUUGUGAAUGGUAUAGAAAUCCGAAGAUUGGUUGGCUCCCAUGUGACAUCUCACGUCCCUUUCCAACACUGUGAAAUGUCAGACAGGCUUGUGUUACUUUGAGAGGCCUAGGAUAUCGGGAACAACUAAGCCGCUAGCGAUGUAGCCCGUAUAGCGUUCACUCCAGAGAGGGGUUGCAUUGUUGGGAGUCGAGUGCGAUGAAGAAGAGCGACGCAUUCGUAAUUACGGACGAGGAGGUAGCCCUUCAAACGAAACACUCCAAGGCUCCUUAUUUGUCUACCUCGGUCAAGGUCCUUGUCAUUUGCGGUCUCCUAUUCACCUCAUUGUUCCUUCUCCGGCUUGAGCGCCAGCAGCACCGGUCAGCGCUCUCUCGCGAAAUUAUAUUCGAUACUAGGCCAGGUUACAUGGUGGUGCAGGUCCGGAGGCCAGGUUACGAUGGUGCAGCCCGAGGAUGGGAGCAUGAGGAGGAAGAGGCGGAAGGGACUGACGAGACAGAUGAAACAAUUGACCAUGAAGAGAAGGAAGAGGAGAAGGCUUUAAAAAAGAAAGAUGAAGACGAUGAAACAAUUGAUGGGCCGCGAGCAUCCUGGGGUGAAUGGAGCCGCUGGUCACAAUGCAGCAGGCACAAGUUUUGUCAAGAAGGAAGUCAGUACCGGAAGAGGAAGUGCAUUACUAUAAACAAGAAUGACCAUUGUACGGGCGUGUCCAUGGAGUCACGUGACUGUCCCGCGGGAUCUUGCGCGUUUCACUACAACCGCAUGCCGCUUUUCGCUGACUUGUCACCUGCGACUGGAACCUCGUUCAUCGGGCAGGAGUGUAACGCCACCACCAAGUACUACGGUCGGGGAAAGUACGCAGACGUUAUACCGGAAGCCGUGUACAGGCUGUUCCCAGGAGCGCGCAAGAUGAUGACAAGCGGCUUUUUUGCGUUGCAGGAAGUGGAUAAAGUUCUACGAGAAGAAGAACCUUUUACCAAGGUUUGCUUUGAGCCGUUCGGAAAGUGGUCCCUGUCCGCUGUACGAAAGACAUUUCGUCUGAAUCGAGUAACAAAAGCGUCUCUAAAGAACAUGCGCUCAAACAACAUCGUUGGACUCGCCAUUGGCCUUAAACCUGACGGCUCCUUAUAUGGCGUGUUGGUCGCCACAGGAACCCCGGGCGCUAUGUACAGCGCCGUGUACUACAGGAGGUGGCGUGGUCGAAGUUUCCACGACGAGCAUCUGUCGUUCUGAAUAGUGAUGAGAAAUUGAGGGAUGCCUGGACGUUAGACUCAAAUGAUACGCAAAAGGAGCCGUCUUUUUAUGUACUUCAAAAGCAAAGAAAUGUAUUUUCAAUCGGUCACUUCAAAGAAAAUAUCUCCUCUGUCCUUGGACGGGCGGUGGUGUAGCGGUCAGCGGAAUUUAUAGAGUGUUUCGUAGAUCCUCCAUAUAAUGGUUAGGGUAUGGGUUAGGGACACUAUAGUGAACCAUAUAUGAAUGACCUACCGAAUACUCUUUCCGCGUUUGUUCUACCUUUUCGUGUUGCCUUGGCGUCUCGUAGCCAGAGCCCGCGAUCUUUGUGGCUGUUUGGGAAAGAUUCACCUUAUUCUUUGCGCUGCGUUCCGGGUCCUAUUUAAUGGCAACAUUUGUGAAUUUUUUGUACCACAUUUUUGGACUGAACCAACCAAGAAUGACCAAAUAUCCUCUAUUACAAGGAAGUAAGAAUAAAAUCGAGACAAGUUGUUAUGCCAAACGAUAUGUAGAUAUUUUUUAAAUUUUUUUUUAAUAAAUUCGACAUUUUUUAUGUCAACUUAAAUUGGAUAUAAUGAAUUUAUGAUACUAGCAAGUCGACUUUUAAAACGUAUUUUGCAUGUAUGGGUGCUUCGAUAAGUAUAACGACGAACUGUGUUUUUUCUAUAUUGAAUAAAGUUUACCUUGUGUUAAUUA